CGCGAAGCAUCACCAGGGAAUGAAAAACAACAUGGCGGACAAAAUUUCUAAAAACUAAUAAAUAUUGUAUAUCUUAUGUGUUUUCAUACCUUUAUUCUUACAUUUAAAGUGAAAUAUUAGCUAUGACGAAAGUUAUAAAGGAAAGUGAUCAGGGACAUAUGCCAUUAAACGGAAGAUGGAUUUGGAAAGAUGAAUCAAACUCUCUUGAGUACACAAGCAAUACAGGUGGGGAUAAAUCAGACAAAAAGAAGAAACAAAAAGGCUUGCAUUUUCAGGAUGCAAUUGUCAAAGGAAAUAACAGAGCUCCAUCGAGUGUUGGAGGGCGUAGUUAUGGUAAAGGGCGUGGUCAAGCUCAGCAUAUCAGAGGCAGCAGGUCACCCGGCCAGAGACAAACUAUCAAACAGUCCGAAGAACAUAAACAUGUGACAUUAGAUGAUGUAAAAUCUGUUGCACUUGACAUGCUGUGUGAAAUAGAAGAGAUUCCCAAUGUGUUCAAGGGCAUGUAUUCGUCUGAGGCCUUUGAUGACUUCCUGAAACAUUUAUUAUGUUACUUCAAAUGUUUUUUUGAGAAAAAGCAACUAGAAGAGCAACCAUCAGGGUUUAUUUUAGAAAAGAGCCAAGCAGAGAAACAAGCAAUCAUAGAUGCAUGUGAAACAUUGGAGAUAGGACAGAAGCUACUUGGGCAGUCAUAUUGUGUGUUGAUCCUGGGCCUAGGUCUUGACCAGCAGCAUCACAUGGGAUGUGGACAGUCAAGGGUUUCAUCCACUUAUAAGGACAGAGGCAUGUAUGAGACACUUUACUCAUACUGCACAUUUGUGGUAUGGAUUGGUUUUAAAAGGAAAAACUUUGAGGACACAAAAAAAGAACUUGGGCGAAUACUGAGAUCUGACACAUUCAACCCUGCAAUAAGAGUAAAGAAUGCCCCAGAAGAGAUAGAAGGGGUUGAGAAGAAAGAAGAAGUGAAAUUGACUCCGGCUGAAUACCGAAGAUUACACCCUAAGCGCCCCGCAAUAAAAAGUAUUGUAAAUCAAAGGUCACCUGCAUUGGUGUCAAUACUACCGUCCCCUAAGGAGGAAGCUCAUUGGUUAUUUAGGCGGAAAGGAGCGCUAUCCCCAACGUCCUUAGCAACAGUUGCAAGGGAAGAUCCAGAAGAUGAGAGUGUAAACAUGAAAGCCUUACCUGGUUUCAGUAGAAAAAACUUCAGGAUUGGCAUAAUAGGUGAGCCACUAAGUCAGUUCAAUGCAGUGACACUUGCACCUCUUGGCUCAGAGAAUGAUGAGGACCAAGAGGAGGGGGAAGAGGGAGAAAAGACUGCUGAUGCUGAAAACAAUACAAAGGCACCACCAUCUAGAGCAGAAAAACUUCAGAGCAGACAACAGACAGGAGUGAGUACUACAACGACAGAGGCUUUUUCUGAUGAAGACUAGGAUCUAUGAGGACAGAAUAUCACUCUGGUUAUGUUUUGAAAUGUAGCAUAAAGUGAAAACGAUUGGAUUUGAUAAGGGACUAAAUAUAUGACAUGAGGCAUGGCGCUGACACUAUAAAUUGUAUAGAAAUACAAAAAUCCAAGAAAACAAACCAUUUCAUUUUGAGAAAUGGUGUAAAAUAUAUGCCUGGUGAACCAAGGGAGCAGGUGCCAAUUUAAACAUGAGCUGAUAUACCCUGAUGUACACUGGGUUCCUGGACUUAACGACAAUACCAUAUUUGAGAACCUGUUCAUAUUGGGAGUUUGGACUUUCACUUAUCACACCAGCAAAAUUGGAGCAAAUAAAUAUGAUCUCAAAAUACAAAGAAUAUUGUAAUUAAAAUUGAUGAAAUAAAAUAAUGUAAGAACUAACAAAGUAUUAUUAUAUAUUAAUGGUAGACAGAAUUUGUCCAAUAAUUAUUCUAGCAACAGCAUUCCAUUCAGAGCCUCCUAGUGAGGUACAAACUCCUUUUGGAAGCCGUUUACUUUAAUUUCUUUACUUUGUAAUUUUUACAACUGGAACUUUAUUUGUUUGCAAGAUGAACUAUUUGGAAUGAAGAUUUUACUGAAUAAUUGUUAAUUGUCCAUCAUCUUGAUGUUAUUAUCACCCCACUGUGGACCAAUGAACUUUUAAUAUGGACAAUACCCUCACAAAUGUUAAAAAAUAUCAGAAUAGCUCUUUUUUACAAAAUAGUUUAAACCUAUUAAGUUAGGUAGAUUGGGUUGUCAUGUACAGAUAUAAACAAUGUGUACACAAUCCAAGUUAUCUACUCUGCCUACCUUUAAAGUACUUAUACAUGUAUAACCUUUAAUCUUAAAUUGAGAAUUCAUUCAACCAUUUAUAUUAUGUAAUUUUUUGUAAAAUAUA